AGGCACAAGAAAAGGGAGCGCGCCCGCCGCCGCCGCCGCCCUCCUCUGGAGAGAGAGGCUGGAGUGAGGCUGUGCGAAGCGCCGCAUUUCAAUGAGGUCGGGCCAAGGCACAUCCCUGCACUAGCGGCUGCAGCCGAGACGCCCGCGCGCCCGCAGCUGCUGCAGCCCAGCCCCGGCCCCGCAGCCCCGCAGCCCCGGCCGCGCCCAGCCCGGCGAGGACAGCACCAGGAGGCGGCCCCGCGCGCGGCGACAAAGACCCCCGGCGGCGUCUCUCCGCGGACCGGUUCAACGUUAACUCCGUCAUGUCCUUCGGCAGAGACAUGGAGCUGGAGCACUUUGAUGAGCGCGAUAAGGCGCAGAGAUACAGCAGAGGGUCGCGGGUGAACGGGCUGCCCAGCCCAACGCACAGCGCCCACUGCAGCUUUUACCGAACGCGCACCCUGCAGACCCUCAGCUCUGAGAAGAAGGCCAAGAAAGUUCGUUUCUAUCGAAACGGAGAUCGAUACUUCAAAGGGAUUGUGUAUGCCAUCUCCCCAGACCGGUUCCGAUCUUUUGAGGCCCUGCUGGCUGAUUUGACCCGAACUCUGUCGGAUAACGUGAAUUUGCCCCAGGGAGUGAGAACAAUCUACACCAUUGAUGGGCUCAAGAAGAUAUCCAGCCUGGACCAACUGGUGGAAGGAGAGAGUUAUGUGUGUGGCUCAAUAGAGCCCUUCAAGAAGCUGGAAUACACCAAGAACGUGAACCCCAACUGGUCUGUGAAUGUCAAGACCACCUCGGCGUCCCGGGCGGUAUCAUCACUGGCCACUGCCAAAGGGAGCCCUUCAGAGGUGCGGGAGAAUAAGGAUUUCAUUCGGCCCAAGCUGGUCACCAUCAUCCGAAGUGGGGUGAAGCCACGGAAAGCUGUCAGGAUUCUGCUGAACAAGAAAACUGCUCAUUCCUUUGAGCAGGUUCUCACUGACAUAACUGAUGCCAUCAAGCUGGACUCGGGUGUGGUGAAACGCCUGUACACCCUGGAUGGGAAACAGGUGGUGUGCCUUCAGGACUUUUUUGGUGACGAUGACAUUUUUAUUGCAUGUGGACCGGAGAAGUUCCGUUACCAGGAUGAUUUCUUGCUAGAUGAAAGUGAAUGUCGAGUGGUGAAGUCUACUUCUUACACCAAAAUAGCUUCAUCAUCCCGCAGGAGCACCACCAAGAGCCCAGGACCUUCCAGGCGCAGCAAAUCCCCUGCAUCAACCAGCUCAGUUAAUGGAACUCCUGGUAGUCAGCUCUCUACUCCGCGCUCGGGCAAAUCACCAAGCCCAUCACCCACCAGCCCAGGAAGCCUGCGGAAGCAGAGGAGCUCUCAACAUGGCGGCUCUUCUACUUCACUUGCGUCCACCAAAGUCUGCAGCUCGAUGGACGAGAACGACGGACCUGGAGAAGGUGAAGUGUCAGAGGAAGGCUUCCAGAUUCCAGCCACAAUAACAGAACGAUAUAAAGUCGGAAGGACAAUAGGAGAUGGAAAUUUUGCUGUUGUCAAGGAAUGUGUAGAAAGGUCGACUGCUAGGGAGUAUGCUCUGAAAAUUAUCAAGAAAAGCAAAUGUCGAGGCAAAGAGCACAUGAUCCAGAAUGAGGUGUCUAUUUUAAGAAGAGUGAAGCAUCCCAAUAUUGUUCUUCUGAUUGAAGAGAUGGAUGUGCCAACUGAGCUGUAUCUUGUCAUGGAAUUAGUAAAGGGAGGAGACCUCUUUGAUGCUAUUACUUCCACUAACAAAUACACUGAGCGAGACGCCAGUGGGAUGCUGUACAACCUGGCCAGCGCCAUCAAAUACCUGCACAGCCUGAACAUCGUCCACCGCGACAUCAAGCCAGAGAACUUGCUGGUGUACGAGCACCAAGAUGGCAGCAAAUCACUGAAGCUGGGCGACUUUGGACUGGCCACCAUUGUCGACGGCCCCCUAUACACAGUCUGUGGCACCCCAACAUAUGUGGCUCCAGAAAUCAUUGCAGAGACUGGAUAUGGCCUCAAGGUGGACAUCUGGGCUGCUGGUGUAAUCACUUACAUCCUGCUUUGUGGUUUCCCUCCGUUCCGUGGAAGUGGUGAUGACCAGGAGGUGCUUUUUGAUCAGAUUUUGAUGGGGCAAGUGGACUUUCCUUCUCCAUAUUGGGAUAAUGUUUCCGAUUCUGCAAAGGAGCUCAUUACCAUGAUGCUUCUGGUCGAUGUUGAUCAGCGAUUUUCAGCCGUGCAGGUCCUCGAGCAUCCCUGGGUUAACGAUGACGGCCUCCCAGAAAAUGAACAUCAGCUGUCAGUAGCUGGAAAGAUCAAGAAGCAUUUCAAUACAGGCCCCAAGCCGAAUAGCACAGCAGCUGGAGUUUCUGUCAUAGCAACCACCGCUCUUGAUAAGGAGAGGCAGGUUUUCCGACGAAGACGCAACCAGGAUGUGAGGAGCCGGUACAAGGCACAGCCAACUCCGCCUGAACUCAACUCAGAAUCGGAAGACUACUCCCCAAGCUCCUCCGAGACUGUUCGCUCCCCAAACUCGCCCUUUUAAUAAGACCCUUUUACUCCAAGUCCUAGCUUAACCCUUUGAGACUCUGAGAUUUUUUUUCCAAAUUUAUGUAAAACAGUUUCAUCUGAUCUAUCUAGCACUCAAUGCUUGAAUGGCAGAACCGAAAGUGUGUGUUCUGGUCUCUUUGUAGCGAUUUCCCUUUGUAGCUGAAUGAGAUGGUGACACAUUAUUGUGUGUGAAGAUGGCAACUUGCUGCUACUACGGUCCUCAAAGGGUUAAGGCUAAUUUGCAACUUUUUUAAACAUAGAGGCAAUGAAUGUUUUCAUCCUGUCAAGCUAGGAUCUGCAGUAUGUAAUAUAGCACAUGUUAACCCUCUGAGUGCAUCGGAUUUUAUGGAGAAUGCUUGGGGAAUUUUUCAGGCCUUUGGAUGUAUAUGCACAUGUUUCUUGAUUUUGCUGCAGAUCAAGGAGUGUUAUUAGAUGCUGAGAUGUCCAGAUAAGAAGGGCAUCUAGAAUAUCUUGCUUGUCCUUUUUUGUGGGUUUAGAACAUGGCAGGUUUAUAACUUAGGCAUAAGCACCCCUCUUUCUUCUUCACAAUCCUAUUACAAAAGGGACUUUUCUCAUUAGAGGUAUGACUGUCAGCUGCCCUGAGUCCUGCAUCCCGAGUGGAGGGAAUUGGGUCUGUGCCAGACAGCCUGACCCAGGAAAUAGAUGGUGCCCCCUCCCCUAAAUUGUCUCCAUAUGAAGAUGUGCUGAUGACGCCCCAGAAAUGCUGCUUCCACAUCAGCUGCUGCUAGUGCCAGCACAGACCCUCGGGAAGUCACCAUACCUUGUCUUGUGCUUGGUGAGUGAGGGUCUGCCUGCUCAGUACGAGACAUCUACAGGAAAAAACAACUGGUGGAAAAGAGCAAUAAAUUGCCAGGUGCUCUAGAGGGCUGGAAUUUCAAACAGAAAGAGGAAACAAGAUCCUUUUCUUUUUCUCACCUGCUUUUUCAUGCACUGCAGUCUUCAGUGUGAAAUCCGCGUAGAGUAUGAAAUCCAUACACAUGAGCACUGGGGCACAGGGGACUAGAGGCAAGUGCUUUGCAAGGUGGCCAAGGAGAAAGCACAGUGGGAAAACAAUCCAGAAUGUUCUAAAAAUGGGUUUUGAGGAGGUAAACCACUGGUAAGAUCAUUUCAUGUGCACCUUUAGGUUACCUACAUAUAGUCUCCCAGGAAGAAGAGGAUAAAACUUCCAUUCCCUAAGAUGACCUUUUUAUACCCCUGUCUUUAGCUGUCCAGAGGCACAAUGAUUUUCUCCCUUUGGGCCAAGUCCUACCUGAGACCUGUAUUUUCACUCCUGUUACCAGAUCUUUCUCUCUUGCACUGUGUCUCCAGUGAGUUUCUUCUGGAAUGUGUCUCAUUUCAGAAUCGGGGCCUGCCCCUUCCUGUACGUCACUGCAAUGCUUAGAGAGGAGGCUAGCCAUGUGUCUUGGAGGCAGGGGCCCAACUCAAGUGUCCUCCUAAGGUUUGCUCAGCUCUGUCAUCCAGGAGACAACCAGUGAAUGAUGUCUCGUGAAAUUUGCAUCUGGAUGGCUGAACAGCCCUUACUGUCUCUGUUUUGAAUAUACUUCCAUAUCUGAAAGUCUUGAAAUUUGUGUAUAACCUGUCUAUAGUCAGUUUUUUAUUUUCAAAUACACAUUGGUUUUCAAUUGCUGCAUUUUACUCUACAACUCAGAGACUAUGGUCUUUAUUAUUAGACACUUUAAAAUCACAACAUGUCAUGACUUUUGCAAUGUAGUCCCCCCAAUUUUUUACUCUUCCACACUUACAUUUCUCUCUUUGGUCUGUGUGGUCCUGACAUGUAAACAGUAGAUCACUUAUUGAGAGUUUUUUCCCCUUUUAGAGAGUUCUGAGAUGAUAACACACAACAUCACAAAGUAGCACAAAUCAGUUGGGUCUUUUGAGGGGAGGGGGAGGGCAGAACACCAGAAGGUUGUUGGUGUGUAGGUAGAUUUCAUGCUAGUAAAGUGUCCUGAACGGGUCAGAAAUUGCUGCUUUCUCUAGAACUAUAAAGCAAAGCACUAUCCUAAGUAAGACCAAGGAGUAGCUAUAUAGCUUGGCCUCAACUCUAAAUGUGUGAAUAUGAAGAAUCCUAUGGGCAGAGACCUACCUGCAGGAGAUUGUCACUUUCCUUUCUUUCUCUGAAUUACUGCUUUUCCUGUAGGCAUUACAUGUUUUGCUACAGCAUCUAGUGUACAGAAUUUACAUGCAUGGCUCAGUCCUUUUUCCAUUCAAGUCUGGGGCGACCGUGGACCGUGUGAAGCUGUGGAGUAUUUCCCAGCACACUGCAGAGGGGCAGCUCCGAAGAAUGCAGGGCCCAUUCAGCAUGGGGAUCCCAGCGCAUCGCUGUAGAAUUUGAGUGAUCUAUGCUGAAUAAACAGUGGAAUGUGACCUGUCAAGUAGAAAUAUUGAGUAAUCAGAUGGAAUGCAAUCUUUUCAGCAUUAAGCUAUCGAAAUACUGAAUGUCAGAGAUGUACUCAGAGGGUUAACAGACAAGCACAAGGCAUGCUGAUUACGUUGGUGUAUCCAGACUGCUUUGCUUUCUGCCAGUGCUUUCUAAUUUUUUUCACAACAUUCUUGGGAUAGUUCAAGUUUGAAAUAAUUAAGUGGUGGUGUUCUUUAAGGAAUUUCUAUAACCAAAUUGAUCUUAUUUUUUAUUUCACUUUAUCAUAGAAUAAAUAUGUACCAUUAUGGCAGUGUAUCUCUGUAAUUAUCAAUCUAAUCAUUGCCACAAGUGUUUCCAUAUUUUUUUUCUGGUAUUUAAUACAGCAUUAUGGUGGUGGCCUGGUGAUGCGGACUAUCUUUCCUUUAUUGAUACAUGACCAACCAUAUGGUGUUUUGAAGGGAAUUUUAAGGUUCACCUUUUCUGUUCAGUAGUAGACUAGUUGAGGAAGAACUCCUUCAUUACAUGCAUUGUGUAAAUCAUCUCCGUAGAUGAGAACUGUUUGUAUUGAUGAACACGUUUCUUCUCAACCUUGUAGCGGAAAUCAUUUUAUUCGUCAUAAUCAAUGAAUAUGUGAUUUGCUCCAGAUCGUUAGAAGGAAAAGUAAGAUUUCAGUUAUUGAAAAUGUUCUUACCGUAGCCCUCAUCUAACUUCCACGUGGUGCAUAUUAAAAUGAGCAGAGAAAAAAAUAUGAAUAAACUGCUGAAAACGCUUGGUGUUUUGUAUUCAGUGAGCCCUUCCUGCAGCCUGCUCAGCACCCCCAUGGGUGGUGGUUAACAGGCCUGUCAGAUAUUGUUGAAAGAAAGCAAUAUAUCCAUGAAUGAAGGCUAAAAUUGCAAUCCUUUACCCUUUGAGGCAUAUUUCAAUUGGAAAAAAAAGAAAAGAAAAGAAAAAUUGGCUUAGCUUAGAGGGUCAUGGAGCUACCGUGUGACCAAGCCUCACAUGCACUAAAUCACGGUUGUUUGCUGGCCAAGGGCGCCCAUUAGACAACUCUAUCCCCACGCUGAAGUGCGAUUGUGCUUGAGGGAGAGCGUUCUUAAUAUUAUUGUGUUGCCUGCUAGCCCUUCUCAGGGUAAGGAUCUGUCAGCAUUUCCACGGUAAACUUCUAUUUUCAAAGGUUUUUAAUUUGACCAUAAAAAGGUGCCCCAGGCUGAAGUUUGCUCUAGCGGGCCUGUACCAAAGAGUGAAGGUUCCCUCCCUUCUCUUCUCUGCCCAAUUUCUCCCGAGAAAAGAACAACGCAGAAAUCUGGUAUGUCCCCUCCUUCAUCGUAAUUUCAGAAUUUUGGAAAGCGUCAAGAUUCAAGAUGGUAGUUUUAAUGUGAUUAUUCAUUUGGAUGUGGGUUUAAAAAGAAAUAAAUGAGUUACCUGGCAUAUAUUGUAGAUAACAUAUCUUUUCUAUAGUUUGUAAAUCAUUGAUUUUUUAAACUGCUAACAUGAUUUUUUUGUCCGAAGAUUUUUAAAGAACUCGAAGUUGGUCGGUUCAAAGGUUAGCCUUUCCUGCAUGUUGUCUGCCAUUUCCACUAGGAGUUUGGGAAGAAUACUCUCAGACAGACGCUUACUUUGCAUGCGGUGAUAGAGGGUCAGAUAGAUACUUCCUUUGGAGAUGUGAAUUUCUUUAUUUAAUCAUCAAGUUUCAUGAAGCCAUUCUAGUCUGUUGGGGAAAAUAGUGAUUAAAAGCACUUCCAAAAUUAACAUUUUUGUCAAUUCAGAUAUGACAAGAGUAAAUUAACAUACUUUACACUAUUUUUGUUUAAAGGCAAAUAAAUCAACAAAACUUGAGGACAGCCUAAACAUUUGAUCACUGCAAAUGUGCUUUCAAAAUUGGCGCAAUGGUGCUGAUAUGUGAAACAGUAACAAAUGGGGUCCCCAGGACCGCCAGAAGGAAUCUUUAAUUUGUAUGUAAUUACAUACUGAGGGAGGAGGUGCUUUUAAGCCAGGCUUUUAUUUUUUAAUCAUCUCAAAUAUGCAACCAUCCAUCCAGUAACAUUAAGGGUCGGAAACUGGUGGGAAACAGGAAAUUCAAUGUUGAGGCUUAGAAUGCCUCUGGUUGGGGUGGGUUUUUUUUUUCCCCCUCUAGUUUUUGUUGUUGUUGUUGUUGGACUUCGUUCGACACUGAAGCUAUGUGAUCAGUUUUCCAUGAGCGAGCUGCUAACUGGCAGGUGUUUUGAUCAUGAGGAUUGCAAUAUCUUGCCCUUGGAGACAAGGGAGAGAUCCAGUUUCCUUCUUGUUCCCUAAAGGAAGAGCGAUUUCUACAGUUAAACCAUACCUGUAAAUUUCCUCAACAUUUCUGUUUUGGUCAACUGAAGUGAGACCCUUAAUGUUGCUUUAAUGUAAAAUUGUAUAUUUUUGUCUGUGAUAUACUUUAUUAAUUUAAAGUAAAUAAUAGUUCUAACAGCCUUCACUGUUGGUAUUAAGAGGAAGUAGGAUUUUAAAAGUGAUGAUAAAGAUGCUAUAAUGUCAAUUCAUUCCAGUCCAGUCAAAUGUGGUAAGAAAAAGACCUUGAAUAGUUCUCUAGGGACAAUUUCUCACUUGCCAUUGACAUUAAUCUUUGAUGUAUUCUCAGAAAAAAUAAAAAGAAAUUGAAACUGGUCCAAGGUUAGAGUCAUAUCCUCCAUAACUAUUUUUUUUUAAUUUUAUUAGGAAAUUAAUAAUAGCCUUUUUCAUUCUGGCUGAAAGAAAAUUAUUAAAGGAUUAGUUGAGUGUGAAAUUAAAUAGUAUUUUGCUCAUGCAUACUAAAAAGGUGGUCUCGGAACUUGAUGCAUUUAAACAAGUUUCUGAAAGGUUUCAAUUUGGUGCAAGAAAAAAAAAUCUAUGUUUCCUUUGAAAAUACUGGAUUUAUCAAUUGCUGCAUGGAUCAGAUGGCAUAGGUUAAUCUUUGAUUUUCAGAAUCUUAAUGAAAUAACUUUCAAACGAUUUGUAUCCAUGAUUAAAGCUGGAAUGAGAUCUAAUUUUUUUCCUAAUCUCUCAGUUUAAGCUAAUAAAUGUAGGUUAAUGUGGAAUGAAAUCAUCUGUGAUAUAUUAUGUUCAUUUAUCAACUGAGCUUUUUGAUGU